UAGACAUUAGCUAAGCAGCACUGUGGUAGGGACUUUGGGGAAAGGCUGACGAGAGAGAAGGUAACCAGCUGACUACAGACAUACAGACGUGGCUGACUACAGACAUGCACACUCUGUACCAGCACACGAGAACAGUUGAACGGACAUCAUGGAGCAGUCCUUGGCACCUGGCUUGUUUACUGGGCAUACUCAGCUUCCUGGGGUCGGUCACACCCCUCCAUGUGGCUCCUGUGACGAUGGGCCUCCGCUCCUCCUUCUCGGCCACACGGACCAAUAGCAUCCUAGGAGGCACCCAGAAGGCUGUGACCUUCAACAGGCUCCUGGUCAACGCAGGAAGUGACUUCAACCCAGAUACCGGCCACUUCCGCUGCAGAAUCCCUGGGGCUUAUUACUUCUCUUUCACAGUGGGGAAAUAUCCCGAGAAGAUGCUAUCUGUCAUACUGGUGAAGAAUGGGCAGGAGGUGCAGGCUAUGGCCUACGAUGACUACAAAAGGAAAGGGCGGAAGGUCCAGAGUCAAAGUGUCAUGAUCAGCCUGAGGACCAUGGACACAGUGUGGCUGAUGCUGCAGGACAGUCCUCAGCAUGCUCUCUACAGUACCGCUGGGCCUUACAUUACAUUCACCGGUUACCUGGUGUACCCUGACAUCCCCGCACCUGGCUAUCUCAACAACCACCUAUCCCUGCCAGGGCAGCUUUACCCCUACCCAAACCCCAACUGCCUUCCUCCUGGAGACCACAGGCAUGGUUUGGGCGGUAGUGCUAAGGCCCCUGAAGAGCCUCGCUCUGCCUUUUCCGUGGCCAGGACAUCCCCGGUCCUGGGGGAGAAUGGUGGCGGGCACCAAGAGAAGGAGCCUCUGACCUUCGACGUGGAGUACGUCAACAUCGGAGCACACUUCAACAAGACGUCGGGCCGCUUCACCUGCCGCUACCCUGGGGCUUACUACUUUGCCUUCACGGUGGGGAAGCAUCCGCACAGGGCAGUGUCAGUCAAGCUGAUGACGGGCCAUGGCGAGGUGCAGGCCAUGGUGUUCGACGAGGACAUGUCCAGAAGGAGGGAGAUGCAGAGCCAGAGUCUGCUGCUGCCACUGCGUAGAGGGGACACUGUGUGGCUCUACAGCCAGCAGGAUGAGCGCUAUGCCGUCUACAGCAACCAGGGACGCUACACCACCUUCUCAGGCUUCCUGGUCUACCCAGACGCUGAGCCCACCACCACAGCCAGCCAGGACUAGGACUAGGACAGAACUCAAGUCUGAGGGCUCUGAGUUCUUCAAAACACACUGGACCCUCCUUCAAAUGUACAUGGUGCUAUGGUUACAAAACCAAAGUUGAGAAAGUGUGAAUGCUUUAUAGGCUUUGUGUAGAACCGCUGCAGUCACUUUCUGGGUGUGGAUUGAACAACAGCAGCAGCUAUCGCUGAAAAAUGGGUCAAAGAUGUACAUAUCUUAUACACAGAUACACAUUUGUUUGUUCUUCUAUUGAUUAAAUAGCCAUUUUCUUUGAAGUAUUAUACCAUUCCACAAGAUGGUGUUGUGAGUCAUUUUUUGUUGUUGAUACAUCGACAAGCUUAUGACAUUAUCACACAUAAUCAUGUAAUGUUUCUUAUUAUAAGGACAUUUUCUGUAAAACGAUGGAAAAUGUUAUGUUUUGUAUUUGGCUGCGUUAAACCAAAGUUAUAGGCAAUAUGUUAGUAUAUGAUGCUGGACCAUCAGGAUUCCUUGGAUACCUCAUGAAUCUCAUUGACUUGUUUUUUGUCAUUCACCAAAGGCUGCGAGUUAUAAUAAGUAGAGCUUUCCUUUGUAAUCUUUAUAUAUACAGACUUUUGUAGUGACAGAAUUAUAUAUCCUUACUGAGCAGAUGUUUAUGCAAGUCUCAGAACGACUCAUAAAACCCUUUAAUGCUUUAACUUCUGUAGUGAUUGCACUGAGUAGAGACUACUGUGUACAUAUUGUAUAGUUUGCCUGACUGACUGUAUGGAGUUAGAUAACCUGAAUGUGAUGUAGUUAUGAAUGUUUGAUGUAUUCUGGAUACAUAGUGAAAUAAUAUUGAUUAAAGGUCAAUUUACAAGAUUA